CCUUGUCCUCGUGACCACGCCUCCGAAGCGAAGCUCGUGGAGUAGAGGGAAAGCCUCACCGCGAGGCAAACACUGAAUGUUUUAUAUAAGGAAUAAUUAAAACUAAUAGAAAAGGCAUUUAAUUGGAUAUUUAUAUCUGGCAUCAAGACAUUUUACUUUCAGGAUAUCGGAUCUGUUAAAUAAGGUUUGUUAGCUACCAUUGUGUUUGCUAAUUUGCGAUUUUCCUUCAGUCGUUCCUUAGCUUUAGCUACAACAGGACUAGCUAGUUAGAAUUUCGCCGGCACAUUAUUGUUGCUUUAAAUGUUAGCAGGAGCGAGCUUGCCAACUAUAGCCAAAUAUAGCUGAACUGGCUAUUAAUUAGCUGCGUUUCAAUAGUUGGAGGCUUUGAUCGUUUUGAAUUUCGCCAGUUCGUUUUCGCUGCUCCCAAACCGCAUUGCAAUUUGGUUAGCGGUCUCGCUUAGCUGUCACUGCCUUACUCUUAUUCAGUGGGUGCAACAUUCCCCACCGAGUUCGCUAGCAAGAUACCUGGAACGAUAAAGACGCUGCUGUGUUCAGCUGGCUAAUCUCGGGAAGACUGUUUAGAGGUGGUCGCUGCACUUUCAAGGAAACUGGUGGGAAAAACAAAGUAGUUUCCUAGCUAGCUUCAGUUAGGAUAUAAGUGUCGCAAAUAGGGGAGGCAGAUAAACAAACUAUCGAGUACUGGCUAGCCACAGGUAAGACGUAUACAUACGCGCCCGUCAAACGAAGUGCACUAUUUGCCUUUCUAGAGCACCACACAAUCAUAGAAUUAUGUAAUAGCAACUACCGGUUAGCUGGUUAGUUUUGUACGAGUACUGAAAUUAGUCCUUUGAAUCAAACUCGUAACUGCCCUUAACUUGAGGAAAACUUCUCAGCUAUCGGUUAAAUCAAUCUUGCUAGCCAACUUGUCUGUCCUCCAUGUUAUUUUACAGGCUAACAAAAUAGAUAACAUUAGAUAGCUACAACUUUGCUCACAUUGGAUAGUUGGCUAACUACGUCGUUAGCCGUAAAGAUUCGGGUUCCGGCCUAGCCAUCAUAUGUUUGGUCGCUAGCUAGCUAACGUUGGUCAUUCACAUUCUGAAUCAACCAGUUGCUUCUUCGGUCAGUUAAAAAGACGGCAAGCUAAUUGACUUUCUAGAUAUCCAUAGUCUUUGUAUAGCAAGCUAGCUAUAGGUAUACAGCAAAUUUAGUCGACAGUGGUAAACGUCCAUAUGCUAUCGAUAGUCCUUUAUAAGCGCACAUUUGUAAAAUCGCAUAGUUGGUCGAGGUGAUGCUGAAGUUGUCAAGUUUGCGUUUCAAAGGCGACAAACUUGGGUACUAGCUUCAAACUAAUUUAUUCCCGUUGUAUCAAGUUUAUGUUCGUCAGAAACGCAUUCGGUUUAAUUUGCUAACUUGAACCGUGCAUCUAGUGCUAGUAACGUUGACCAGCUAACGUUAACUUAGCUACUGUUUGCCAGAUCAGUUUCCGCGAAGCCAAUACAGCUUGUAUGGACUGAUAUAAACGACUUACUUUUUCAUUAUUUUUUUUAUCUUAUACAAAACAUUUCAUAUUCGAAGGAAAAUUAAUACAGCAUUACAAAGCUAGUUGAUAUCACAGAAGUGUAGCCAUGAGUAUCGAAAUACCGGCUGGUUUGACGGAGUUGCUACAAGGCUACACUGUGGAAGUGCUCCGCCAAAGGCCGCCAGACUUGGUGGAGUUCGCCGUUCUCUAUUUCACGCGCCUGCGAGAAAACAGAACCCAAGACGGCGCCGAGCCGGCUACUACAGCCAAGUCUGGAGGGAAAGGGGUGAUGUUUGAUGGGGAGCCGAUGCAGACUGAGUCCAAUGGAGACGACGAAGACGAGGACGACGACUCUGAUUUUGAGCCUCCUCCUCCCAGCAGAUUCAAUCGCAGGGUGUCAGUGUGCGCGGAGGCUUAUAACCCUGAUGAUGAAGAGGAGGACACGGAGCCGCGGAUCGUGCACCCCAAAACGGACGAGCAGCGCUGCAGACUGCAGGAGGCCUGCCGGGACAUCCUGCUGUUCAAGACCCUGGACCAGGAGCAGUUUUCGGAAGUGCUGGACGCCAUGUUCGAGCUGCGGGUGCAGCCGCAGCAGCACGUCAUCGACCAGGGCGACGACGGCGACAACUUCUACGUGAUCGAGAGGGGCGUGUAUGACAUCGUGGUGCGGGGCUGCUGCGUGGGGCAGUACGACAACAAGGGCAGUUUCGGGGAGCUGGCGCUCAUGUACAACACCCCCCGAGCCGCGACCAUCGCCGCCACCACCGAGGGGGCGCUCUGGGGCCUGGACCGGGCCACGUUCCGCAGGCUGAUCGUGAAAAACAACGCCAAAAAGAGGAAAAUGUACGAGAUCUUCAUCGAGUCCGUGCCCCUGCUCAAGUCCCUGGAGCUGUCGGAGCGGAUGAAGAUUGUCGACGUUCUGGGAGUGAGAUCCUUUCAGGAUGGAGAGAAGAUCAUCAUGCAGGGGGAGAAGGCGGAGUGCUUCUUCAUCGUGGAGUCAGGGGAGGUGAAGAUCAUGAUGAAGAGUAAAACCAAGGCCGACCAGCAGGACAACACGGAGGUGGAGAUCGCCCGCUGCAGCCGGGGCCAGUACUUCGGAGAGCUGGCCCUGGUCACCAACAAGCCCCGCGCCGCGUCCGCCUACGCCGUGGGCGAGGUCAAGUGCUUGAGUAAGGCCCUCUGCGUGACCGCACACACACACACACACAUACACACACACACACACACCGUCAGACACACACACACACACACCUACACACACACCACACACACACAGACACACACACACACACACACAUACACACACACACACACACACACACACACACACACACCGUCAGACACACACAUACACACGUAG